GGGACGGCGCGCGCUGAUCUUGGGGGUUGGGGGUCUGAUGGGGCUGAUGUGGGUGAGGGGGAGGGGAGGGGAAGAGAGUGUGGGUUUUCUGGGGAUUGUAGGUUGGGUUGGGAUGGAUUGGGAUGGAAUGGGGUGAGAGUGGUCUCUAUCUAUGGUGGAGGUGUGAAUUGUGGCGUGUUGGACGGCUGGUUAGAGUGGCGAGGUACUUUUGCGGUGUCGUUGUGCAGGUGGACGGAGAACGCAAUGCCUCGACCAAAGGCAGAAAAAAGUGAUUUCGCUUGGCUGGGCCAGUUGAAGGCCGUCGAUUCCAUUUGCGGGAUGGAGUUUUUGUGUAAACUGUUGGAUAGACUAAAUCUGGUGUUUUGGUAACUAGGACGGGAGGAGGCGACAUUAGAGUUGUUUCUUUAUAUACCCUUGGGAAUGCUUUCUUCUUUUUCUAUAUGAUAGCUCACUUUUAUGUACGUUAAUUUAUCUUGCGUGGGAUCUGUUGGCUUCCCUGUCGUUGCUUUUGCAAGGUUAAUGUACGCUCGUCUAAACCUAACUGUUUUCUUUCAGACUCCAAACUUUAUAUCAGGCUUGGCUGUAUCCCUCGACGUCGUCAAUGUUGGAGUUUCAAUUGCAAUGUUGUCCUGGUCACUGCAAUACCAAAUACUGUACAUAUUUUGUAGUCACACAGCUUUCUCAAUAUAUCGACUUCUUCCCCCAAUAAUUUGGCUGCCUAUUGUUCCAUUGUUUCGUAUUCGCCCUGACCCCUUAACUCUACAUAACACUGCCCACACUAGCACUAACACUAGCACACACACAUAUACGCACCUACGCACAAGCUCCUACUAUUCCACCCGUGUCUAUAUAAAGCAAUAUCUAGAACAUCAAGACAGCGCUACGGGUACCGACGCGGGGAGAGAGGUACUGGUCUCCGCACGGGAUGUACAACGCGAUGCCCCCAACAAGCUAGCGCGGCGCCACGGAUUCCAAAUGAACGAGCAGACUGCCGUGCAACGAGGGCGGCGGCGGCGCUGCGGUGGGCGCGCGCGUGUGCGAUGGUGGGGUGCUGUGGUAUCCUGUGGUGUCGCGGCGCCGGAUUGGUGGUGUUGCGAGCGAAGUUGGGAGGGCGGGGGGAAUCCCUGUCAGACGACACCCGGGGAUGCGGUUGAUCCGCGAUGCGCCACGAGGUGUCUGUUUGGGAGGGUUCGGAAGGUUUCUUGGGCUUGGGAAAGGAGCGCGAGGCUGCUUGUAUGGUCCAUGGGGAUUUAUUGGGGCACUGCGACUGUACAUUUGUGAGAGGGGUUUGUGCUCUGGGCGUGUCACUAUCCAACUGUCGCCUCUACGGCUGUAAACGGGCGCAAUCGGCUUCCUCGUCUCGAGUGAACGCGCGGCAGGACGUAUUCCUGGCCUGGAAACGGCGGGUCGGGUGGCCUACACGGGUAGACGGAAACGCGCAACACGCUCGGAGGGCAUAGAGAUGGAGAUCAGAAACGGUAAGGAAAACAUGGCCGUCUUAUCUUGUGAACUCCUCUCCAGCCAGUGGCACCCGGGAUAACUUUGAGCCUGUCGUGCUCGCCGAAAAGCCCCUG